GUUAGCACCCACAUUGACGCCGGACAAAAGGAUAUUACUCUGAGAUGGAGAAUAGUAGCAAGGAAGGUUAUUAUGAAAAAUGAGCACAACAAAAUAAAAGUGUAAAUUAAAUAGCAGGCAUCUCACAAAAUGGCUACUGGAUCAACAUGUGUACAGAUGACUGGUAUUAAUCAACAGUUAUGCAGCGAAGAAGCUACGAAGGAGCGCAACGUGCAAAGUCCUCCAAACCUUUCACCUAAACAAACACACAGCAAACUGAACAAACAACGUUAUCACAGCCACGUAACGCAGCUUGGGCGAUUGUCACCACUUUUGCUCGCUUUAUCAAUGCCACUUUUCGUAAAACCCACACAGACUGCCUGUACACACGAAUUCACUGUCAAGAGCGACAGUAGCAACAAUGUAAGUGCCACGGCUGCUGUGGAAUGUGGCAACUUUACGCUGAGCGAUGGCGUUGAAUUUUUGGGCAGCCGCUCAAGUUACACGGGAUAUCCUUUGAUGGAUGAAGCCAGCAGCAAUUUCACACAACUACAUGAUAAUUUGUUAGAUUUCGAGUUUGAUCCAUUGGAGAGUGUUGUGUCUACGGUGGUUCCGGUCUUUUUCGGAUUAAUUGGUCUGGCUGGUUUAAUUGGCAAUGGACUUGUGAUAUUGGUUGUCAUUGCUAAUCAACAAAUGCGUUCCACCACUAACCUGCUCAUCAUCAAUCUGGCAAUUUCGGACAUACUGUUUGUCAUCUUCUGUGUGCCAUUCACCGCCACCGACUAUGUGCUACCCGAGUGGCCAUUCGGCAAUUUGUGGUGCAAAUUCGUGCAGUAUAUGAUUGUGGUCACCUGCCAUUGCAGCGUCUAUACUCUGGUGCUGAUGUCUUUCGAUCGGUUUUUGGCAGUUGUACAUCCGGUGACAAGUAUGUCGUUGCGAAGCGAACGUAAUGCAAUGCUGGCCAUCAUUUUUGCGUGGGUGCUUAUUCUGACGACAGCGAUUCCGGUGGCCUUGGCUCAUUCGGUGCGUCUGUACUAUUUUAAAGGACGUAAUUACACAGCCUGUGUAUUCUCUACGGAAGAGGAAGGUUGGAAUUGGGUUGCAUUUCAGAUAUCAUUUUUCUUAUCGUCAUAUUUAGCUCCGCUAACUCUGAUUUGUUUCUUGUAUGUGGGUAUGUUGGCACGACUUUGGCGCAGUUCCCCUGGCUGUAAGCCAUCAGCGGAAUCGAGGAAAGGCAAGCGCCGUGUGACCCGGAUGGUUGUUAUUGUGGUAUUUGCAUUCGUAAUUUGUUGGCUUCCCAUUCACGUCAUUCUCGUGCUGAAGGCGUUGAAUAGAUAUCCUGGUACACCUUCGUCAAUAAUGGUACAAAUUGUCUCACAUGUUUUGGCAUACACCAACUCUUGCAUUAAUCCAUUUUUAUAUGCUUUUCUAUCUGAUAAUUUCCGAAAAGCGUUCCGGAAGAUUGUGGGCUGUAUUCAACAACCGCUUAUUGUCACUCGUCAAAUAACCAAGACGACCCGAACCACCGGAAAUGGACCCUCGAACGUGGAUAUGCUUUGAGCAUUGGUUUCUGAAGCACAAAACCUUUACAAUAUUCUUAAUGUUCAGGUUUCGGUUUUUGGCUAUUACUUAAGAUGAAAAAAUAUAAAAAACCUGCAGUUAAUUUUAGUAAGUGUGCUACAGUAUAAAUAUGUAUGUAUGUGAUAAAAUCUAUUAUAAGUCAACUAAGAUGUGAAUCUUAAUUAUAGGUUUAGAAUAUAUAUAAAUUAAAUGUGGUUUCUUGAUACAAUUUAUUUA